GGCCAAGUCAGGUCAAUUGCUGCUUUGUUUAGUUAUUCAGGAUUUAUAGGAAAGUCCCUAGUUUUAUAAGCUAUAAUGACUCGCUCAGAUGAACAAGAAACCGUCCCUUUAUGGCUGGACUGUGAUCCUGGCCACGAUGUGAGUUCUGAAUAUCCAGUAUAACCCCACUCGUUGUUCGAGAAAGAGUGUUCACUGUAGGAGAAUUAUUUGCUUUAGGAUGCAUUCGCAAUUCUGAUCGCAGCCCAUCACCCCGCUCUGAAUCUCUUGGGCAUCACUACUGUUCAUGGGAAUGCUUCCUUGGAAAAUACAACAGCCAACGCAGGAAGUAUCCUAGAAGCAAUUGGCAAGCCAGACAUUCCUGUGUAUCCUGGAAAUAGGAAGCCCUUUUGCAGACCUGCUGUUCACGCACCAGAUAUUCACGGUGACUCCGGGCUUGACGGGACGGACCUCCUUCCCAAAGCAACAAGGCCGCCUAUUACGGACAAGAACCCCAUUCUGGCAAUGAGGGAUGCGCUUCUCGCCCAGCCCAAAGGUACCCCGUGGGUUGUCGCUACAGGGGGGCUGACCAACGUUGCUCUGCUUUUUGCGACCUUCCCGGAAGUCGCGGAGCAUAUUGGGGGUCUCACUAUCAUGGGCGGUGCUGUUGGUAAUAAAUUUACCGAUGCCCCUAUGAGCAGACUUCCCGGGGAGCAGUCUAGAAUCGGAAAUAUCACCCCCUUUGCGGAGUUCAAUGUUUACAUUGAUCCCGAAGCUUCUCAAUCCAUUUUCUCCAACCCCGUUGUCGCUUCGAAGACCACCAUGAUCGCCCUCGAUCUCACUCACCAGGUUCUUGCCUCGAGCAGCGUUCAGUCCCGUAUCCUACACGGGAAAGCGGACCCUUCUGCACCCCCAACUACUCUCCGACGUAUUCUGCAUGCUCUGCUUAACUUCUUUGCAACAACCUAUGAGACCGUCUUCGGCUUGGAAACUGGACCGCCACUGCAUGACCCCCUAGCGGUCGCUGUGCUUCUAUCGAAUCUAAAUCCUUCCUACGCGAAGAAGCAUCCUACAACGGCCAUCCAAUUUGACGACAAAGGAGGAGAGCGAUUCAAUGUCGUUGUCGUCACUCAGGGACACCAUGGUACAGACGUAUCAGUUACCGGCCAAUUGGGCCGUACCAUCGUUACGCCUGGGGAGGGAGAAGGUGUGGCUAUCCCUAGGGGAGUCGAUGUGGAUGGCUUCUGGAACAUGAUCAUUGAUUGUAUCCAGCUGGCAGAUGAUUGCAACGCUGCUCGGGAUGCGUGAUGGAAGAGUCUAUGUGGAUAGCGGGGACUCGUUCGCAUAUAUUUGUGGGAUUUUAGAUUUGGAUAUAUUGAGAGCAUAUAGAGUAGAUCUGGUUGGACAUAUUAAACUGCUUGCUCAUAGUCAUUUAAUCCUACGAUAUUUG